AAGCUCCGCGCUUGCGCAGAAGCGGGGUUUCUGGCGAAGGGACGUACUUGAGCUGCGCACGAUACAUUCUGUGGUGCAGAGAUAGAACUGUAGAUGCUGGAGAAACGUCAGCCUUCCUGCUCGGCCUGCUGUGUUCAUCCAGCUCUACACCUUGUUAUCUCAGAUUCUACGGUGCAACAUGAGGAUAAACGUUGCCGCGCUUGCGUGGGUGUUGUUACGCGGCGCAAUGUGGUAGACACUGCGCCUGUGCAGAAUAAGGAGUGCGCCGUAACAGCAACGGAAAACGGCGUCGCGCCUGCGUAGCAGGGUAAUUGUGGGGCAACGGAAAUAGCGCGAAGUGGAGAGUGGGCCUGAGGUGCCGACCGUGCUCGUACGCAGCAGCAUUGCCCACAGAUUCCGCUCAAAAUGCCAGCCCUUAGUUGUCGGUUUUACCAACACAAAUUUCCAGAGGUGGAAGAUGUGGUGAUGGUAAAUGUCCGCUCCAUUGCGGAGAUGGGUGCCUAUGUCAGCCUUCUAGAAUAUAACAACAUUGAAGGCAUGAUUCUUCUAAGUGAACUUUCAAGAAGGCGUAUCCGAUCUAUCAACAAACUGAUUCGAAUUGGUAGAAAUGAAUGUGUUGUUGUAAUCCGAGUCGACAAAGAGAAAGGUUACAUUGAUUUGUCAAAGCGCCGAGUUUCGCAAGAAGAAACUAUAAAAUGUGAAGACAAGUUUACCAAGUCCAAGACUGUGUAUAGCAUUUUGCGACAUGUGGCAGAGGUGCUCGAAUAUACUAAAGAUGAGCAGCUGGAUAGUCUGUUUCAGAGAACUGCCUGGGUCUUUGAUGAGAAGUACAAGAGGCCUGGAUAUGGAGCUUAUGAUGCAUUUAAACAUGCAGUUUCAGACCCAACAAUUCUUGACAGUCUCGAUUUGACAGAAGAAGAGCGAGGUGUGUUACUGGAAAAUAUCAGACGACGUCUCACUCCACAGGCUGUUAAAAUUAGGGCAGAUAUUGAAGUUGCAUGUUAUGGAUACGAAGGAAUUGAUGCUGUUAAAGAGGCACUUCGAGCUGGUCUAGAAUGUUCUACUGAAUUGAUGCCCAUUAAGAUAAAUCUGAUAGCUCCUCCAAGAUAUGUUAUGACAACCACAACGCUUGAGCGUACAGAAGGCCUUUCCAUUUUAAACCAAGCCAUGUCAGCCAUUAAAGAGCGGAUUGAAGAGAAAAGGGGAGUGUUCAACAUCCAGAUGGAGCCCAAGGUGGUUACAGAUACUGAUGAGACUGAGCUGGCAAGACAACUUGAGCGACUGGAGCGGGAAAAUGCUGAAGUUGAUGGCGAUGACGAUGCUGAUGAAAUGGAAGCAAAAACUGAGGAGUAAUUAACUGCUGGCUACUGGGCGUUGAUGAGGAAAGAACAAAACUCCAUUCGUAAUACAGACUCCAAAGUUAUCAGUAUUGGACGUAUCCAAAAGACUUCAUGCAGGAGUAUUUGAUUUUUCAUUUACAUAGCUUGUAAUCAGUAAUUGUUCUGAUACUUUUCUUCAGUUUCAAAUAGAAAAUGUUCCAGGCUGUUUCCAUAGUUUGUGAUUGGGAAUUUUUCUGGCAUCUUUAUUUCGCGUUUGGAACAGAGAAUGUUCCAAACUGGGUCAACAUUUUUGGACUAUAAGCUAUAACAACCACAACACCACCAACACCAUUUCCACCUUGCACCCCCCCCACCAAAAGAAAAACACUUGGAAAUUGCUAAAUAUUAAUCAUCCUGGAGUUCUGAAAGAAUGUGGUUCUGUGGGAAUGAGGAAAAGGCUUUUUGAGCAAGAUUGUAUUCAAAACAUUUAACAAAAAAAAAUAAACAUUAGUAAAAUGAAGUAA